UGACUAAUAAGGUUGGCAUCUACCGGUAGACAAGUCCAACUAUCUUACUAAAGCAAGACUUGCUUUCCGCUAUCCAUUCUUGCUCACCACGCUCACGACGUUCAUAUAUUCAUGUUGUAACUGAAAUCAAAUUGACAUUCCCCCGACCAGCAUUUGAUCAACUUAGUAUUGCAGUAUUUUGGCAAAUAUGGAUCCAACCGGUACGAUACUCUUCAACACCGUAGGCAGAGCCUUUUAUUCCUUUGACAUAUUCGCCAUCGACCUCAACGACGAUCGCCCUCGGUCGGAGCACCGCCUUACCGACUCCCUAUCCAUCAACUUCAACGGCCACUUCGUCGACGACCAAAAAACUCUCGUUUACAUCUCCGACCGGACCGGUUCGCCCCGCAUUUUCCUAAACCGCGCCGAACAUCCCCAUCCCGAACGCCUCCAUUCCCCGCUGGAAAGUCUCUUCCACGACCGCCCCCUCAUCAAGAACCGCCGCCUCUACUUCAUCUCCGCUCACGAACAGCCCGAGAAGCCCUUCACGAGCUGGUCGGCUCUCUACUCCACAACGCUAGACAACGACAGGACGACCACGCGGCUUACACCUUAUGGCACCGUCGAUUACAGCCCCGCAAUCUCCCCGUCAGGGAAUAUCAUUGCCGUCGCUUCCUACGGCCGGAAGGCUUGGGGCGGCGAGUUCCACGAGCUUGUCACCGACAUCGUUGUUUUCCCGGAAUCCGAUCCCACUAGCCGCGUUGUUCUAUGCCAACGCGGCGGCUGGCCGAGUUGGUGGAGUGAAUCCACCCUGUAUUUCCACCGGCAAUCUGACGAUGGCUGGUGGAGCAUAUUUAGAGCCGAUUUGUCAAACGAUUUUUUGGCAUCAUCGCCGCCGGUUCGCGUUACUCCGCCGGGAGUCCACUGCUUCACGCCGGCGGCAAUUCCCGGCGUGAAGAAAAUCGCUGUGGCGACGAGGCGGAAGGGCCGGAGUCACCGCCAUAUCGAGAUUUUCGACACUGAGUCUCGGAAAUUCAUCCCGGUGACGGAGCUGCUCAACCCUAAUAUCCACCAUUACAAUCCUUUUGUUUCUCCGGGAGCAACUUUUCUCGGAUAUCACCGCUCCAGCGGAAAUGCAAUUCCUUAUCUCGAACGGGUGAACAGUCCAGUGAAGGGGCUUAACAUGAUCAGACUCGUCGGUUCGUUUCCAGCGUUAUCCCCUUCCGGCGACCUAAUCGCGAUGAACGUCGAUUUCGAUCACAACUCCGGCCUCAAAAUCGUGAAAUCCGACGGAUCGAAAAUGUGGACAUUGUUCAGAAAUCGAAUUAGCUUCUACAAUUCAUGGAGUCCUGCUCAUAGCAACGUCAUCUUCACAUCAACUGGUCCGAUUUUCGAAUCCGCGAAAGCACCGGUGCAGAUCGCUCGAGUGACAUUCGAUCCUGCGGGUCUAAAACCUAAUUGCGACGAGAUCCAAUCGGAAAUCAAAAUCCUCACCAGAUCUGACACCGGAAACAACGCCUUCCCGUCGAUCUCCCCCGACGGGAAGCUCGUGGUGUUCCGAUCGGGGAGAUCAGGGCAGAAAAACCUAUACAUCGUCGACGCGGAGAUCGGCGAAUUCGAAGGCGGAAUACGGCGGCUGACGGAGGGGGAGUGGAUCGACACGAUGCCGAGCUGGUCGCCGGACGGGAAGCGGAUCGCGUUCUCGUCGAAUCGACACAAUCCGGAAAAUGCGGAGGCGUUUGGGAUCUAUGUGAUGGAGGCGGAUGGAAGUGGAGUGAGAAGAGUGAAGGUGGCGGGAAUGGAUGAGGAGAGGGAGAGAUUGAAUCACGUGUGCUUCAGCGGUGACGGAGAGUGGGUGGCGUUCGCGGCGAAUCUGGGCGGAGUGACGGCGGAGGCGGUGGCGCAACCGAAUCAGUUCCAGCCGUAUGGGGAGUUGUACGCGGUGAGGUUGGAUGGGAGCGGUUUGAGGAGGCUCACAUUCAAUGGCUUCGAAGACGGGACGCCCAUGUGGGCCCCCAAAGUCUUUGAAAACUUGCAUUUCAAAUUCAACGAAGGUCAUGGGUUGAAGUGUGAGAUUGACGAUCCUUUGUGGAUCAAAUCUGAUUUCUGAGUUGCAAAUGUACUUUUAUUUCAAUUAUGAAUUAUAUAUGUAAUUCAAUAAUUAAUUC